GCAUUGUAAGAAGAAACUUUUUGUUUUUCAGUUCUACUGUUUUCUUGGAUGAUUUAGCGUAAAGUUGAAGAAAAAUGAAUACGAGCAAAGUAGUUCAAAGUGUUAUUUCCACAGUGCUUUUGACGUCAGUAGUAUUAAACACGACUGCCUGUUAUAUUAUUUUAAUUAAAGUGAAAAGAAAAGAGAUAACGCAUUUAUUUGUUGUCAGCAUUUCUAUUACGAAUUUAUUAGAAUCUACGAUCGGAUUAACACCAGAAUUAGUAAUGGCAGAUGAACCUUUUUUGGAAAGAACUCCGUUAUGCAUUGUCAGCAGUUUUGCAGUUCUAGGUUUUGCUAUAACCAACAUAACUCAUUUAACAAUACUUUCUUUUAUCAGAAUUGUUGCCAUAAAAUACCCGAGGCGUUAUUUACAAUAUCAUAAAAUGUUUUGGUGCAGAGUAACAUCAAUUUUAAUAUGUUAUGCGUAUGGUUUUUUUUGGGCAACACUUCCUAUGAUUGGUUGGUCAAAAUAUGAGCUAGAUCUUGAUAAGAAACGUUGUUCGUUAGAUUGGAAAUUGACAAAAUUAAAUUCUUAUUCUUAUAUUUUAGCCAUUUUAAUCUGCUGCAACAUUUUACCCGGAAUAGUCAUCGCGUUAACGUUGUAUUUUAGCACAAAAGAAAUCUGUUUCCGAAAAGCAUGCAAAUUACCUAAAAAUACAAAAAUUGAUCUUUUAGAAAAAGAAUAUUUUCGAGUUUGUUUUUUAUCAGCGGUUACUUAUUUUUUUUUUCGGACAUCUUACGCAAUUGUUGGUGUUUUAACGUUGUUAAAAAUUGCAAUACCGACACAUUUGGCAACAACCACCGUGCUGUUUUCAAACCUCUCUACCGUUUCUAAUAUUCUUAUUAAUUGUUACGCUGUAAAAUCUUUUCAAAAACAACUGCUAAAUUUAAGGGUAAUUCAAAUUUUGAAAACUUUUUUCCAUGGAUUACGUGAUUGCAAAAAAAAAUAA